GAAGUGAGUGGUCUGGGACGGUGAUAAGGCAAUGUUAGAUAAAGGCCAGGAUGUUGAGAGUGUAGCGGAGAGAGGAACGUCUCAGUGUGUAUUGUGGUUCAUUCUCAGAAGCAUGAAGCUCCUCCUCUUGAUAUGUCUUGUAGUCGCCGCUGCCACAGGUGGCGCAGGUGUGCCUCUGGAGGAAGAAUUCGGGUAUGUGGAUGUUCGUCCUGGUGCCCACAUGUUCUGGGUGAUGUAUCACGUUGACCAACAGGACGACUACACUAAAUACCCCCUCAUCAUGUGGCUUCAGGGAGGACCUGGUUCUUCAGGUGUUGGCUACGGCAACUUCGAGGAGCUGGGACCUCGAGACAUAAACAACAACACCAGACCGUAUGCUUGGACAAAGAGUGCCAAUGUGAUGUUCGUGGACAACCCCGUAGGUACAGGCUACAGUUAUGUCGACUCUCUAACUAACUUGACCACUGACAAUUCACAAAUCGCUGACGACCUCGUGGUCUUGGUGAAGGAAGUCUUCAGUCAGAAUACUGACCUGCAGACGAUGCCUUUCUUCGUUUUCUGCGAGUCUUACGGCGGCAAGAUGGCCGUUGACUUUGCACUAUCACUAUACGAGGCGAUCAAUAACGGAGAAGUGAUUAGCGACUUCAAAGGAGUAGCGCUGGGAGACUCCUGGAUCAGCCCCAUGGAUUCUAUCAACACUUGGGGCACAUUCCUCUAUCAGAUGGGCUUCGUAAACCGGGAAGGGCUGGAGGAGAUCGAUGCGUCUGCAGCCAAGGCUCAAGCAGCAGUUGACGCUGGCAAGUGGAUCGAGGCCACCAACCAGUGGAGCUCUACUGAGGACGUCGUGUCCACGGUGGCCCACGAUGUCAACUUCUACAAUGUGCUGGCCAUCGAUGAUAUCUACCGGGCAAAGAGCAAGAGCCUUACUCAACACACUGACCUCUCCUUCAUGACACCUGCCAUCCGUCAACUCUACGAGAACCACGUUGGUCGCCUCAAUAGCAAGAUCGUAGGAGAGACUUUGUAUAGCUUCAUGAAUGGACCUCAGAAGAAGAAGUGGGGCGUGCCAGACAGCGUCAUCUGGGACUCCCAGGGAGGCUAUGUCUUCGACCGUCUUGCAGGAGACUUUAUGAAACCCGUCGUAGAUUCCGUGGUGAGGCUGCUAACCGAGACUGACCUUCAUGUUAACGUCUUCAGUGGUAACCUUGACCUUAUCUGCGACACUCCAGGCACAUACCGGUGGAUCGAGAACAUGGAGUGGCCCGACAAGGUCAACUUCUCGGCUGCAGGCACCAGAGUCGUCCACGUCAGUAGCUACUCCGCACCCGCCGCUACCGUCCAGUCCUCAGGAAACUUCGCUCUGUACACCAUCUAUCGUUCUGGACACAUGCUUCCCAUUGAUGCACCAGAGAUGGGCCUCAAACUGGUCGAUUUGAUCGUGGCUGCAGCCUCACAGCCAUCCAAGAAAGCAGCACCACCCAAGCAAGCAGAACCACCCAAGCCAGCAGCACUACCCAAGCCAGCAGCACCACCCAAGCCAGCAGCACCACCCAAACAAGAAGAACCACUCAAGCCAGCAGCACUACCCAAGCCAGCAGCACCACCCAAGCAAGAAGAACCACUCAAGCCAGCAGCACCACCCAAGCACAAGAUACCAGCUAAAGGAGCUAAACAGAGAGGUGUUCCCCUGAGCGCAGUCAACACCUUUAGGUCCAGGGUGGUGGCUACUCACCCCAAUCCAGCUACACCCACAGGAAAACGGUACGCUAAAAUGGUUCCUAACUUUCACGGCCCACGCAAAGGCUAACUCUCAAAACUUUUACUUCUGUAAUGUCUGAAUAAAAGUCACAAUACCUUGACUGGAACAAUUCACAAAUAACCAGGCAGUUUUUUUUUAAGCUAGAUAACUAAGUUUAACUCGGGUGUUCAGUGGAUUUGCAUUCAAUCAUACAAGUGCAAUUUUAUUCAUAAUUAUGCUAAAUUUUUAAGUUGGGAAGGCAUUUUGGCUUUUCAGUCGUUCCUCUGCCCAGUCAUGAAUUGAAUUUAUUUUUAAAUCGUUUUUGUUACCUGCCGUUGUUCACUGUUAAAUAGAAAAUUUGUAUAAUGUUAAAAGAAUACAAUAAAACAAAUAAGAAAACACGAAGGGGUAAAUAAUAACAUACAAACUAUAAAUCAUAACAUUUGAUUUAAUAUGUGAUCAAACUAAGGUGUUGUAUAUAAGUUUCUGGAUGGGUAUGUAGGUUUUAAUGUCCUCAGUACAAGUCUAAGUGUGUACAUGUCACAAAAUAAACAUUCCAAUUUAUAGUAAGUAAGGAAUAUAUGGUGACUACUGUUCUCUAAAAUUUCUCUACAAU